AUGAAGUAUGUCACAGCGUACCAGGACAGGCAGAUUCAGCUCCGGGAGGCCCUGUUGGAGUUGUUUCCGGGGGCCAAUGCAAACAAUAUGCCCUCUCACGAGGAGAUAGUGAAUUCGAAGCCUCCCUGCGUCGAGGCGAGAAUUCAAAAACUGACCCGCAUCGCGCUCAGCGCGCCGUCAUGGACCCGCCGGACCACCUACGAGAUGAUGGUGCUAGGCUAUCGAAUCCCAAUCCCGCAGAGGAGUGGCUACUGGCAUUCCAUUGAGCACUUCGCCUGCCUGACCAAGUCGGCCCAGUCUCUGCGCGCGCUUCCCGCCCUUAACAGCAUCCUCCCCUCGGUCCCCGUGACCAGAACCUUGGUCGAUCUCUUGCAGCUGCCAGUGGACACGGCCCUCCAGGCUCUAUCCGGUCUACGACAUCGCCAACCCAGUCGGCCAGUCCAGCAGUUAAUGGACGGCCGAGAGAAUCAGUCGAGGGCUUUUCUCCACGGUGCGCCUGAUGAUGAGGGCCUGUUUGCGUGA